AUGGAGCAGGUCCCGGAGUACAUCGACAUCCCGAUAGGUGCGACGCCGAUCCCGACGCCGCGCGAGCUCAGCGGGCCCGCGCCCGUCAACGGCGAUGUGCGCGUGAACGGCGUCAACGGCGUCAGCGAGGUGAACGGCCGCAUACCCGUCCCCGGGUCGAGCUUCCCGCCCAGCCACUCGACGAGCACGCCCCAGAAGAAAGCAUCCAUCGGGAGCACCAUCUCGAGCAAUGUCUCCGACCUUGUGCUAAGCACCAUUUUGCCGCCGAACCUUCCGACACUGCCUUCCCCGCCCCAUGUCCACGGCAAGGCAAGGGAGUUGACGACUCAGAAGAACGGCCUCGGCUUGAACGUCAUGACGGUUAAUUUCAGGCGGUUCGUCACCAAGGACCGCGUAGAGGAGAUUCUCUUCUGGCACAAGCCGAUGUGGACGUGGGCUUUCAUGGCAACUUGGGCGUUUAUUUGCUUCAACCCGCGUGCUGUGCUGUUCUUCCCGACUGCGAUUCUCCUGACGAUCUACCUCAACUUCCAGGAGAAGAAGAACCCGAUCCCAUCGCUGCUGGGCGUCACUACCGCCCCCGCCGACCUUGGCACACACCGUGUGGGCAACUCGGCGUCAACGUCGUACUCGGCCUCGACUGCGCCGAAUAUGGAGGGCGCCGCUGUCGUACCUCCCAAGGAAGCUGAGAGCUCGGUUGACUACUUUAUGAACGUUCAGGCCAUUCAAAACCUUAUGGGCCUUGUGGCUGACGGCUUCGACCUCCUUGCGCCCGUCUUCAGCUACCUUGCGGGCGAGACCGCCACGCCAACUAGCUUCCCGCUUGCACCGGCUCACAUCGUGCUGGCGCUUCUCCCGCCUUCGAUUGCGCUGCCGCUAGUCCCCGCGUGGAUCUUCCCUUGGGCGCUGCUUCCCGUUGGCAUCGUGCCUCCGCUGCUCUUCCACCCGAACCUCGUGACACUGUGGGGCAAGAUCCCGCACGCGCGUGCGCUGCGUGUUGCCCGUCACCAUCUAGAGGAUGCGGUGCUGACCGACUGCCUGACCGAUGACAUCGGUUCGAAGCGUAUUGCCCGCGUGCAGGUCGUGGAGAACGAGCGGCUCGACCCCUCCGUGGCCUCCAAGAACAACAGCAACACGACUAACGGGUGGUCCUCUCGCUUCCUACGGACAGGAGAGCGUCUUCCCUGGGUCAAGAUUCGGGAGAGCUCGGCGUGGGCGCGCGAUGACCUGUCUCCGCACGCCGAGGACGAUGGCAAGAUGGUCCUCGCGCUUGAGAAGGGGUGGAAGUUUGUGCCCGGAGAGGACUGGCGAGUCGAUGUGUGUGCACUCUGGAGCGAGAGCGAGCCAGAUGCCGAUGGAUGGAUCUACACCGACGACUCGUGGUCGAACCCCGGCCCGCAGGUUGUCGAUGACCCGACCGUCCUUCCGGUUGUGAGCAAACGCACAACACGACAGCGUCGCUGGUGGCGCCGAGUGUACUUCGACCCCGUCGAGGCCACCGCGGUUCCGGCUGCGCCGGGCUUCGACACGAAGCCCAAGGUCUACUAA